CGCGGGAGCGCGCAGGGCCCGCCUCGGACGCGCGCGCACGCUCCCCGCCCCCAAUCCGGGAGCCGCUGGCGGGCCGGCUCCGCGCCUCAUCGCCGGGUGCAGCGCAGCUCAGCGCGGUGCAACACGACUGCUUUUCUGCAGUGGAGUGGUCGGGGCUGUUCAGGACAAAGGUGUGAGCAGACUACUGGGCUGGCUGGUCCAUCAUGGCGGAGAAAGUGAACAAUUUCCCACCACUACCCAAAUUUAUCCCGCUGAAGCCAUGUUUCUACCAGGACUUCGAAGCAGACAUCCCUCCUCAGCAUCUCAGCUUGACCAAGCGCCUCUACUACCUCUGGAUGUUGAACAGCGUCACGCUGGCCGUGAACCUGGUGGGCUGUCUCGCGUGGCUGAUCGGAGGCGGGGGAGCCACCAACUUUGGCCUCGCCUUUCUCUGGCUCAUCCUCUUCACACCUUGCUCCUACGUCUGCUGGUUUCGGCCCAUUUACAAGGCCUUCAAGACAGACAGCUCCUUCAGCUUCAUGGCCUUCUUCUUCACUUUCAUGGCCCAGUUGGUCAUUAGCAUCAUCCAGGCUGUGGGAAUUCCAGGCUGGGGUGUCUGCGGCUGGAUCGCCACCAUCUCCUUCUUCGGGACAAACAUUGGCUCAGCGGUGGUGAUGCUCAUUCCCACGGUCAUGUUUACAGUUGUGGCCGUCUUUUCCUUCAUCGCCCUUAGCAUGGUUCAUAAGUUCUACCGGGGCAGCGGGGGCAGUUUCAGCAAAGCUCAGGAGGAAUGGACCACUGGUGCAUGGAAGAACCCACAUGUGCAACAGGCAGCCCAGAAUGCAGCCAUGGGGGCUGCACAGGGUGCCAUGAAUCAACCGCAGACUCAAUAUUCUGCCACCCCCAACUACACAUACUCUAAUGAGAUGUGAGCCGGCCAAGCCCACCAGGAGGCAGGGCUGGGGGCCAGUGGGACAGGGGGCUCAAGCCACAUCAUCUGUGUGGUGACCAAGCAGGGUUCCCCCUUCCCUUUUCUCCUCCCCAACUUUGUACAAAGAAUCAGAGUUUUAUAUAUAUAUAUAUGUAAAUAUAUAUGUAUAUGUCUAUCCCCUGCCCCCACCUUUUGGGUCCUGCUCUUGGCACCUCGAGAGCUGUGGGCUGCACAAGGAGUGGUCCUGUGCACCAGGGGCCGCGUCCAUGUCCCCUCGUGAAAUAAUGUGCAGUGGCGAUCUCUUGUUGUGGUGCUAGAUGUAUGUUUAGAACUAAACCAGCUCCCCCCUCCCCGGUCCACCCGGCCGCCCCCUCUGACCCUGGCCCAGGGACUCCUCACGGGGAAGGGGGAGGCCCAGCAGAGAGUCUGGCACCCUGUGCAUGGUUUAUGAGCCGAAGUUAUUUCCCCCUUUGGUCCCACUGGGAAGCAACAGUAUUUAGCGUUCAUGGUGAUGAGUAGGUUCUGGAGGGUGGGACAGAGUGGAUGUUUCUUGCCCCUGUAGUCCUCCCCUCAACCUCUUUCUCCCCUUGUUUCGUCCUCACUGUUAGACUCUUUGUGCUCUCUUCCCUAGCUGGCUCUCCCAGGAUCUUUCUCCUCUGCGGGUAGCUUUUCUUUGUCUUCCUAAUACGGGGUGUUUCAGUUAUGUCUGCUUCCAAGACUGCCCAGGUCCCCAGAUCUGAUCUGAUCCCCAGUUCAAGGAAGCUGACAUUGGAGCUGAGCCAGCCCUGAUGUGGAAGGGCACACAGCUUGCAGAUGGAGAGCCCGUUUGGUACUUGACACCCAGGGAAUGGAAAUGUAGGCCUUUCUCCUUGGUUCUGAAAGCCUGGCCUGCAGAGGCCGGCUUCUUCUUUUCCCUCUCCCACUCCUCCCCUUUCCUCCCCACAUCCUCCUUUAACCACUCUGCAUUUCCCGUGGAGCUGGGCCGUGUUAACUGUAAGGGCACUGCGGGAACAGAGGGCAUAGAACUCAUUAUUGGCCCCUGGGAGAAGUGUGGCUGGCCCCAGCCCAUAAGGGCUUCUGUGUAUUUCAGAGUGACCAUUGGGUUCUUGGGAGGAAUAGCUGUUCUUUUUGAGUAUGGCAGAAAGGAUAGAGCUUGGAGAGCCAGGUCUGAAGGGGGCGGGGAUCAAAAGAGAAGUCAAAUAGAAGCCCAAUGAGAGGGUAGCUUACCUCUCCAGUCCCACUUGCCCUUGGCUACAGGACAGAUUCUGUGGAGAUGCUCCCAGGCCCAGUUCAAGCCACAAGCACAAUGUCCUGAAUAGGGUUCCUGGUGGCCAGGGAGGAAGGAGAACUCUGCUUUUAGAUUUUCGUUUAGUGAGUUUUGCCCCUCCCUCCUCUUCCAUUCAAUUAUAGGACUUGGUUCCUGGCCUUUUUAAAAUUCUGUUAGAAUCUUCUACCCCUUCAUGACUGAUCUUAGUCCCUGGGACUGUCUCUUCCACGCAGUGGGUAGACAUUGCCUGGUCACAGAUCCGGCUGUGUAAGGCCUGAGGUGGGUAGGCCUUACCAAGGAGCAGCUGCCUGUUUCUCACUCCUUCCGAUGGAAACUCACCUGGGCUCGGUGGACUGGAGAACUAGACUGCACUCAGCCACUCCAGGCUGGUUCGCCUUGGUUCCAGGCCACCUUGAGCUUUGAUCUUCAGCUUCUUGUAGGAGAAGCCAAGUGUCUCUGGAAAGUUCCUUUCCUAGUGACCCCUUAGGCUUAGCUGAUUCUUUCCCGUACUGUUUCCUCUCUGGAGAGCAGUUGUCAUGAGCGAGGCCCUUCCUCCUUUUCCCUCCUGACCCCAGACUUCUGGCUCCCUUUCUCAUGGUCCUCCGGUAGUUCGGGGAGGGCUGUGACCAGCUGCCAGCCUAGCGUCCACUAGCUAUUGGAUGUUACCUCCAGUCAGUUUCCCUUCCUCCCUGCCGUUCCUCUUUCCAUGCCUGGCACUGACUUGGGAAAGCCUGUUACCAGUGUCUGGCCCAACUGCUCAGGCCCUGGAAUGCUGCAUCUCCAGGCAACUAUGCACUUUCAUGAGGAGGGAACCAGGCUGAGAAAUGGGGCUGGGCACGGAUGGUUUGGUUUUGGGGUGGGAGGAGGGCCCGGUCGGUUCUGGGGAUCCUCCUGUCUGUUGCCAGCCAGUGACCUGCUUUUGCAUUCUCCUGGUGCCCAAUGCCCCUUGUUUCUGAGAGACACAAACUAUUCCCUAGCUGGCAGUUGACCUGCCUGAGCCAAUGUGUCUAUCUGUGGUAACUGGAUGAACUAUAAUAAAGGGAUCAUUUGACCCUGUC